AUGAGUGUCCCAAUUUUGAGGAGGUCGAUCUCUUCCAAUGCGCUAAAUACUCUUAAGCGACGCAAUUCCUUCACAACAUUACACAGAACUCUUUCUCAAUCAAGUGGUUAUAGUACCAUAGCAACUCCAUCAAAAUCGCCAAUAUUACAAGCGGAAUCAUUCAGUGACUUUAUGGGUUUCUUGUAUGGCGAAGAGUGCUAUGCAAAGACCAAUUUAUUAUGGGAAAAUUUACCAAAGGAAACAAAAGAUAUAUUUGUUGCCAGGGUUCUAGAUAAGAAGAAACAAAAAUACGAUGACCUCAGUUAUUCUGAUGUAAAAGAAUUAUUUGCUGGACAAAGUUCUCCCACGAAAAACUCUUUUAUUCAUUAUCGACAAAAAGUUGGUCCAUAUUUUAGGCAUGUAGUGCCAGAGAUAGCUGAACCUAGUAUAUCAAAAGUAAUUGGUGAACUUUACAACCAUGAGCUUACAUAUAAUGAUAGAGUCCGAUUGAAAGAAGAAGCUGAAAUGCAAUUUAAUGCUACUAGGGAUGAAAGGCUUGAAUUUGCAAAAGAUUAUAUUCAAUCCACGAAGGUCCAUUUUGAUCAAGAUCCAUAUAUCGACAAGAUUAGAUGCUGGGUAGAUGAAACUGUAAAUAAUAAACUGAAGGAAAUUGAUUCAAUGUUGGCAACAUUGAGAACGGAUGUUAGUGCUGAAGAGCAUGAAGCUAGGAAUCAUCACCAAAAGAAUAAACCUGAUGAAACGACCAUCAAAGCGCAAAAUGUAGAAAGAAAUGGAAUGCAAUUUUUAGAGUCGAAGGCCAACUCUAAUCCUAACUUCGUUAGAGUAAUUUCUAAACAGUCAAAGAAAUUAGUCAAAAGGUUCAAACGCAAAAGAAAGUCGACAGGUCUAGAUUGUCGCAAUAACGUUUAA